AUGUCUUUGUCCCGAGUCUCCAUCAAGAAGCGGCAACCUGUUAGUGGUGGUUGUGGUGUAUGCGCAUUUGGAGCGACUGGAGGAAGAUAUUGGGGUGGUAGACCGUUGCCAAAAAUAAAGAGAUUAUAUAAUCCAUCUGGUGAAUUUCAGCAGGUUACUAUCAAUACACAACUUCUGCAGCCACUUAAUCUGACUAUAGAUCCAAACGUCCAGAAAUUAAAAACAGAGGAAAGAGAACAAAUUAAAACUCUCAACAACAAGUUUGCAGCUUACAUUGACAAGGUCAGAUUUCUGGAACAGCAAAACAAAGUCCUUGAAACAAAAUGGAAACUGCUGCAGGAACAGGGAACUAAGGGCAGCACCAAAAGGGCCAACCUAGAGCCCCUGUUUGAGAAGUACAUUGGCGACCUGAACAAAUAUUUAAGCACUCUAAUAACUAAAAAGGACCGUUUGAAUCAAGAACUGAAGAAUCUGCAAGAUCUUGUGGAGGAUUAUAAGAAAAAAUACGAGGAUGAAAUUAACAAGCGUACAAAAGCAGAAAAUGAUUUUGUGGUACUUAAGAAGGAUGUUGAUGCUGCCUACAUGGUUAAAACAGAACUUGAGGCCAAGGUGGAUGCAGUGACAAGUGAAAUCAACUUCUUAAGAACUCUUUAUGCUGCGGAAUUGUCACAGGUACAUGAUAGCGUCACCGACACCUUUGUUGUUCUGACUAUGGAUAACAACCGUGACUUGAACCUGGAAGGUAUCAUUCAGGAUGUUAAAGCACAAUUAGAACUAUGUGCACAAAGAAGCAAAAUGGAAGCUGAAGCAUUGUUUGAUAAUAAGUACAAGGAGCUGCAGAAAACAGCUGAAGGACAUGGGGACAGCAUAAAGAAUUCCAAAUCUGAAAUAGCAGAACUGAACCGUAGGAUUCAGAGGCUGAAGGCUGAAAUUGAAAGUACCAAGAAGCAGAUUGCAGGUCUGAAUCAAUCCAUUGCUGGAGCUGAAGAAAAGGGCAACCUUGCUCUCAAGGAUGCAGAAAAGAAACUUCAGGAUCUUGAAGCUGCUGAAAAGAAACUUAAGGAGGACAUGGCUCGUCAGCUUAAAGAGUACCAAGAACUUCUGGCUGCUAAGAUUUCACUGGAUGUUGAAAUUAGCACUUAUGGACUCAUGCUGGGAGGAGAAGAGCACAGAAUGUCUGGAGAUAUUGUCAGCAACUUCAGCAUAUCUGUAAUCAGCGGAGGUGCCAGUGUAUACAGCGCUCUUGGUGCUGCAGCAGGCGGAAUGGGAGGCGGCAUGGGAGGCGGAAUGGGAGGCGGCAUGGGAGGCGGUGGAAUGGGAGGAGGCAUGGGAGGUGGCCAAAUGGGAGGAGGCAUGGAAUCGGGCCACGGUGGUGGAUAUGGCUAUGGAGGAGGCUUUGGAGCAGGCUACGGAGGAGGCAUUGGAGGAGGCUAUGGAGGAGGCUUUGGAGCAGGCCCUGGAGUCUGCCAGGGAGGAUGCUUUGGAACAGGCCAUGGAGUCUGCCAGGGAGGAUGCUUUGAAGCAGGCCAUGGAUCCGGCCAUGGAGGAGGCUUUGGAGCAGGCCAUGGAGCAGGCCACGGAGGAGGCCACGGAGCAGGCCACGGAGCAGGCCAUGGAGGCAAAACCUCUGUGGCAAUUGCAUCAACAACAUCUACAUCUAAGAAAUCCUAUUAA